AAACCGCACAUGGAUGUGCUUCUCGUCAAAUUAUGAGUUACAAAGUUACAUGAUUUGAUCUAUGUUCAACCUCUUAUAAUAUCGUUAGACUAAAAUGUCAGACAUUCAGUUAAAUCUCAUCCAAGGACCAGAAAGAAAUCAAGAAUCAAAGACAAAGCCCCGUGGAAAUAGGGGCCAGAGGAUUAGAGCUAGAAGACAAGAAAAAUCCAGACUUCUAACUGAGUCAGUUAAACAAUCACAGGGUGAUUCUGAAUAUUCAAAGGUCACUGAAUAUAAAGAAAAAACUAAUACCCAAAGUGAUAAAUUUCAAGGCACUAGAAAAAGAAAGCAUGAUGAAUUAUCUCCCUUCAUCAAGGAAGGUGGAAAAUCAACAGGACAAGUUAUCUCCUCUUUGUUCAGGUUUAACCCAGAGAUUCCUAAAGUUAAAAGUUUGAAAGUGGACUUUGUUAAAGAAGAUGUAUUCUCAUCAGAACAUUUUAGAGAUUUGCCUCUUCAUCCAUAUAUGGUAUCAAAUUUGGAGGAAAAAAUUGGCCAUAAGACAAUGACUGCUGUUCAGAAACAAACAAUACCGUAUAUUAUGCAGGGUAGAGAUGUUCUGGUCAAGUCUCAGACAGGCUCAGGAAAGACUUUGGCGUUUGCCAUUCCUAUUGUACAGGCUUUACAGAGUAUUAGUCCAAAGAUUCAAAGAGUACAUGGACCAUAUGCUAUAGUCAUUGUUCCCACCAGAGAGCUGGCCACACAAAGUUUUAAUACUUUUCAAAAAUUGGUAAAUCCUUUCACCUGGGUAGUACCUGGUUGUCUUAUGGGUGGAGAGAAGAGAAAAGCAGAAAAAGCAAGAUUACGUAAAGGUAUAAACAUUUUAGUGGCGACACCUGGAAGAUUGUUGGACCAUUUACAACACACUGAUAGUUUAUCUAUGUCUAAAGUCAGAUGGUUGGUUUUAGAUGAGGCUGAUAGAUUGUUAGAAUUGGGCUAUGAGAAAGGUGUUGCAGAUAUAAUUAAUUACUUAAAUGAGGCUACAACACAGAGACAAACAAUUAUGUUAUCUGCUACAUUAACUGGAGGUGUGGAAAGACUUGCCGGUAUAACAUUAGAUGAUCCAGUCCAUGUAGAUAUUUCACAGUCAGAUUUGCCAAAACAGUCCCCAGGCACAGGGUCAAAGGAGAACACAGAAUCAAAGGACAGCACUGAGUCCAAGUUUACUCUACCGCAAAAUCUGAAACAGCAUUUUGUAAUAACACCACCUAAAUUAAGACUUGUAACCCUGGCAGCAUUUAUUACGUGGCAUUGUAAGAUAAAAAGCAAUAAAUGUAAAAUGAUUGUUUUCAUGUCAACACAAGAUCUUGUAGAGUUCCAUUAUGACUUGUUCCAACAUUUCUUUGGUGUGUCGGAUGACCCUGAUGACGAGAUGGAUGGAAAUUCCAUUAAUAUACUCUUCUUUAAACUUCACGGAGAUAUGCAACAAAAAGACAGAACAAAAGCUUUUCAGGAUUUUUCUCAGACAGAUACUGGUGUUUUGUUUUGUACUGAUGUGGCCGCUAGAGGUUUAGAUUUACCCUCUAUACAAUGGAUAGUACAGUAUACAACACCAGGUGGAGCCACUGAUUAUAUUCAUAGAGUGGGUAGAACAGCUAGAGCUGGAAAACAAGGGCAGUCACUCUUGUUUCUCAUGCCGACUGAAUCAGAAUAUAUACCAAUUCUCAAUAAAGACAAUAUAAGUUUAAAUGAAAUGGAGAUGAAAGAAGUUUUAAAGAACCUAAAAAGUACAGUUUUACAGAUGAGUCUUGACCAUAGUACAAAAAGAUCUAUACCACACACAGUAGAGGAGACCGCAACAUAUUUACAGAUGUGUUUUGAAAAUUAUAUUUUACAAAAUAAAUCCUGUGGGGAAUCGGCAAAGAAAGCAUUUCAAUCAUUUGUGAGAGCAUACAGCACAUAUCCAUCUAGUCUGAAACACAUAUUUCACAUAAAGAACAUUCAUCUGGGACAUCUUGCUAAAAGUUUUGCCUUACGAGAAGCACCAACUUCAAUUACUGUCAGUCACCACGGUGACCAGAUAAAGAAAUGGAAAGAAAAAAAGAAGCAGAAAGAGUUGAGUAGACGUGAAACUUCAGGAAAAUUAUCUGAAUUCAGCAGUGGACUCUCAUCAGGAAAUAUUCAUAAACAGAAAAAUUUGAAAAAAGUAAAAAAGACAAAAUUAAAAAGACAGUAAUACACA